GUACGAAACCCAUACAAUUUAUUCAUUUAUUUAUUUUAGCUUGAAGCAUCAGUGACAUCACUUGACAUGUGCAUAGCGCUGAUAAAUAGUAAACGUUUGUGGGUGUAAUGACAGUUGAAUGGUGGGAGUGCGUGCUGCCUUCGUGACACCAAAUAACCAAAUGAUCAACCACAAAUGUGUGCGGAGUAUGUGAAUAUAUGAAAGUACCACAGAGAACAAAAAAAAAAUAACCGAAGAAGAAAAACAUAUUAUUUUUCCACAAAGGGAAAAUGCUUGGUCACAGUAGCUCAGUUAAACAUAAAAAAUCACUCGUGAUAACCGUAAGUAAAAAGAAAAACAGAUGGAAAACAGACGAUAAUAAAAUUAAAUAAUUUUGAAAAAUAAAAUAGUAUAAGUAAAAAAAAUGCAAGAUGAAUGUAACACAUGUGUAAAACCACGUCAAAAAUUUGUUAAAAGAUAAAAAAAUCCCUCAUUUUCUUUUACAAAGAGAGAAUUUUUGAAAAACUACACCAACAACAGCAACAAUAAUAAUGAUGAUAAUAACGUGUUUGACGAUAUAAUGAUUUUUAUAUGCAGUAAAGCAUCUUCACCUCCAGGGGGUGCUACGUUUCUUACGUCCGCCGGAAAUACGCACUAACCUGACACCAACGAAGAAGAAAAAGUAAACCGCAACAUGGCGACUCCCAUGCAUCGAAUAAUAGCCAGGAGGCAAGCGGAGGCCAACAAACAAAAUGUGCGCUGCCAGAAGUGUCUGGAGAUGGGACACUGGACCUACGAGUGCACGGGGAAACGGAAAUAUGUACACAGACCAUCGAGGACAACUGAGAUGAAAAAGAAACUCAAGGAGAAUGAAAACAAACCCCUCAGCAUCACUGGACCAGGAAGAGAAGGCUCCAGUGAGAAGAAAAUGAAAAAGAAGGCUAAAGACUCCAGCGACAGCAGCAGCGAUUCAGGCGGCUCCGCCAGCGACUCAUCGUCGGACAGCAGCGACUCUUCCAGCUCCUCUUCGGACGACAGCGACAGCAGCAGCGACAGCGACGACGACAGCUCUUCCUCCUCUUCCUCCUCCUCUUCCUCCUCGUCCUCAGACAGCUCAGAUUCAGGCAGCAGCAGCGAUUCAGACCAAGGACCACCAAAGAAGAAGAAGAAGAAGAAAUGAAUGUGAUGCAGCGAGGGGGUUAUUUUUUUUUUUUUUCUUGUUGUUUUCUGUUUCCUCACUUCUUUUUCUUUAUUUUUAAAAACCCAUCACAGUUGUUUUGGAGCUGAAUGAGUGGGACCGGGACAAGGAUAAGACGAGAAAAAGAGUUUAUUUUGCCACUGUGUUUAUUUUACCUCUUCUAGCGUGAUAUUUUCUCAACUUUGUAGGAUGUAAAACUUUAAAAUAUCUGUGGAAACACGUGAUUAUUCCUGUUUAAUCUUGUGAUUUUGUACCUAGGAUAUUUUCUCUCACAACCUUUAUAAAGCAACACCGUACCUAGAACCUAUACAAGAGCUAUCCAGCGAAACAGAAAUAAUAAAAUGGAAAAAAAAAGAAAAGAAACAGAAUUUAAAGUUUGCUUUGAAUUAAAACUACAAAGUCUUGUUGCUAUAAAGCUGCAUUUGCUCAUGCCGCUGUAAAAUAAAUGUUUUUGUUUGUAA